CUUGGCUUGUAGCUGAUUUCCAAUGCCCAAAUCUUUUUCCACGCCACGUCUGCGCUUCAUACAACACGAUUGGCAACAACUUUCUUAUUCCUUGCGAACUCGCACAAGCACGCGACCAGAUGGCGGGCGCAAUUGCAGAUGAGUCCUCGCCACUUCUCGUGAACAACAGUGUUGACACUGCCGACGGCGACCAUAAUGCGAAAGGCAAGAAUAUCAUCGACUUUGACCCUGCUGGAGAUGUGGACGACCCGUAUACCUGGUCGGCAACUUACAAGUGGAGCGCUGUAUCCCUACUGGCCUUGACUGCGUUCACAGUAACCUUUACUUGCAUCAGCUUGGUUCCUGUGGCGGGGAGCAUCGUGCGUGAUCUGGAGGACGAAGCAGACAAGAACGCCAGCGUACUGUUAGUCACGAUAUGGGAACUGGGGGAAGCUGCAGGCCCGUUGUUGAUUGCACCUCUGUCAGAGGCGUUUGGAAGAUAUCCUGUGAUGAACGCAGCGAACGUCCUCUUCAUUGCUGCCACAGUGCUCGCGGCUCUGGCACCUAGUGCGCAUGUACUGAUUGCGGCGAGAUUCCUGACCGGAUUGGCUGUGGCCUCCAACGUGCUUAACCCCGCUAUUGUUGGUGAUAUGUUCAUAUCUGAGCAGCGUGGGACAGCAAUGAGCCUGGUUCAGCUUGCGCCUCUAGUGGGAGGCGCCCUCGGUCCCGCACUUGCAGGUUAUAUCGCUGAGGGACUUGGCUGGCGCACGGUACUCUGGGUGUCCGCUGCACUGGCUUUGUUUUGUGAAGUCACCUUCCUGCUAUUGUUUCGAGAGACAUUCCGAGUAAAAAUCCUGAGUAUGCGUGCAGCAAGACUGCGAAAGGAAACCGGCAACACGAAGCUUCGGACGGUAUAUGAAGUCCAAGGCGAAAUGGAGAAUGCGUCGGUCUGGAAACAAGUCAUGCGGCCUAUCGUGGUGUUCUUUGGCAGUGGCGUUCUUCAGGCAAUGUCCAUCUUCGGCUCCGUGGUGUUCACGUACUUUUACGUGAUGAGCACGACUCUUCCCGACAUUCUGGGAAGCAUCUAUGGUCUGUCACCGGCUGCCACCGGAGCAGCAUUCAUCUCGUUCAGCGCCGGAUCAGUCGUGACGGUCACUCUCUGCAACCAGACACUCGACAGGAUUUACAUUCGCCUACGCGACACGCAUGGAAAAGGAGUGGGACAUCCGGAAUAUCGGCUGCCACUGGUCAUCGCCGGCGGAUUCCUCCUCCCACUGGUGGUGGCAAUGUAUGGCUGGACAGCUGAAGCUCAACUACCACUUCCGGUGAUGCUCGUAUCGGUUGCGUUGAUGGGAGCAUCUUUGAUGCUUGGCUUCUUGCCGUUGACGGCGUACAUUGUGGAUGCGUUUGGAAUGUACUCGGCGUCUGCAAUGACAGCUGUGAUCGUUACCCGGUGUCUGGUGGGGACAUUCCUGCCUCUGCUGACGGAACCGCUGGUGGAGAGGAUUGGCUAUGGUCUGGCCUUCACCGUUCUGGCAGCCUUGAGCUUGAGUCUCGCCCCAAUCCCCGUGUUUAUCAUGAGAUAUGGGCAGAAGUGGCGGCAAAACAGCACAUACACGAGACAUGAUUGA